CAUGAUAUAUUUGUCUAGCAGAGCGUAUACGUGUAGAAAUAGCGACGUAAGCUGAGGGGAAAGCUGCUUCCUAAUAACUGGAGACUGCUGUGGUGUAAUUGUAAUGCGAGGUUCCUGUCACUAGAGGGUGGUUAAGCCUGAGCUAUGUGAGCAAGACUCAACUGUGGAGAUACCGUACAUGACAGGAGUGUUGGUCGUCUCUCUGAUGGGUAUCCACUCUGCAGCAGAGGCACCUCUCCGGGGACACUUGUAGGGGACUCAGUGGACAGAGGAGCUGAUUGCUUCUGGACUUUUUACUCUUCAGGUUGUUCCAUCAAGUAACUGGAUGUCUUCCAAGCGACCAGCCUCUCCAUAUGGGGGGACAGAUGGAGAGAUAACCAUGGCAACCAGCAGACAGCGAAUGGAGGAUGAGGAUAGCGAGGGACUGGGCGGUGUCAUCCACCUCCCCCUGGCCUCCUACUGCGGCAAGGUGUCCCCUCGCUCACCCCCCAACCGCAACUUGGACAGCCCCCCCAACAUGGAGCAAGACAUCACUAAGGGGAGCUCUCUGAGCCCUUACCCCCAGCACAAUGCUACCUCACCGGGCAAAGAGGAAGGCGGAGGCGGGGGGCGGCCCUGCAGUGACGGGGGCUCGGCCACGGGUACCCUCGGGACCCCUGAGAGACGCAAGGGCAGCCUGGCAGACGUGGUGGACACACUGAAACAACGCAAGAUGGAGGAGCUGAUCAAGAACGAGCCAGAAGAGGCCCCCAGCAUUGAGAGGCUGUUGUCAAAGGACUGGAAGGAUAAACUUUUGGCCAUGGGCUCAGGGCACAUCGGAGAAAUUAAAGGUACCCCAGACAGCCUGGCGGAGAAAGAGCGCCAGCUCAUGGGCAUGAUUGGCCAGUUGAGCAGCCUGAGGGAGCAGCUCCUGGCGGCCCACGAGGAGCAGAAGAAGCUGGCCGCCUCGCAGAUGGAGAAGCAGAGGCAGCAGAUGGAGCUGGCCAAGCAGCAGCAGGACCAGAUUGCCCGGCAACAGCAGCAGCUUCUGCAGCAGCAACACAAAAUCAACCUCCUGCAGCAACAAAUCCAGCAGGUCCAGGGCCAACUCCCUCCACUGAUGAUUCCCGUCUUUCCUCCGGACCAGAGGACUCUGGCAGCGGCUGCAGCCCAGCAGGGCUUCCUCAUGCCCCCUGGCUUCAACUACAAGCCUGGCUGCAGUGACCCCUACCCUCUCCAGCUCAUCCCCACAACAAUGGCAGCUGCUGCUGCUGCUGCUACACCAGGCCUGGGACCCCUACAACUCCAGCAGUUGUAUGCAGCUCAGCUGGCGGCCAUGCAGGUCUCCCCGGGGGCCAAGCAGCACGGAGGAAGCCUGCCCCCGCAAGCCAACCUGGGCACACACUCCCCACCCACCAACACACACUCACAGAGCGAGAAGGGCCGCAGCUCCCCACCAUCAAACAAGUCCAAGGACAGUGAUGGUGCACAGCCACUGAACCUGUCGGCCAAGCCUAAGGCAUCCGAGAGCAAGUCACCCAACUCCCCCCCAACUUCCCCACAGGUCCCUGCUGCUGCUGCCGCCACCAAGCUGGGCCAUGCCGGCUCCAUGAAGCACAGCGUCGGCCCCUCCAGCAUCGGAGGACCACCGACCAGAGUCAGCUCAAUUGCAGACUUGUUGUCCACGCUGUCCUCCACAGCCUACCUGAACGACCACGAGGCGGUCACCAAGGCCUUCGCCGAGGCCCGGCAGAUGAAGGAGCAGCUGAAGAGAGAGCAGCAGGUCCUGGACGCCAAGGUCGCAGCUGUCAGCAACCUCAGCCUCAACAAUGGACGCUCGGACAAGGACAAGGCUGCCUUGGAGAGUCUGAGUCAACAGCUGAAGCAGCAGGCGGAGGACAAGUUCAGCCAUGCCAUGAUAGACUUCUCCAUUAGCGACUCUGACGGCUCCCCCAGCGUGUCAGACUCCAGAAUAUUCCGGGAGGCUCGGGGUCGCGGCAGCGCCGAGCCGCACAUCAAGCGGCCGAUGAACGCCUUCAUGGUUUGGGCCAAGGACGAGAGGAGAAAGAUUCUCCAGGCCUUCCCAGACAUGCACAACUCCAACAUCAGCAAGAUCCUCGGCUCACGCUGGAAAGCCAUGACCAACCUGGAGAAGCAGCCCUAUUAUGAGGAGCAGGCUCGCCUCAGCAAGCAGCAUCUGGAGAAAUACCCAGACUACAAGUACAAGCCGCGACCCAAACGCACCUGCCUGGUGGACGGCAAGAAGCUGCGCAUCGGCGAGUACAAGGCCAUCAUGAGGUCCCGCAGACAGGAAAUGAGACAAUAUUUCAGUGUGGGGCAGCAAAGCCAGUUGCCCUUGUCCUCAGCAGGCGUGGUUUACCCAGGUGCCCUGUCAAUGGCGGGAAUGCCCUCACCCCAAAUGCCCUCAGAGCACUCAAGCAUGUCCAGCAGCCCCGAGCCCAACGCCAACCACCACCAGAACCCCCAUAUGAUCGGCUUGAAGGGGGACGAGCCACGGAUCAAGGAGGAGGAGCUACGGCUGGACGACAGCAACGGUGACGUGUACGACGACUUCGACUACGAGGACGAAGAGGCCGAUUACGCCAGCGAUAAUGACAACCAUAUCACCCAAUAGAACGGCGUGAGAGCCGCCUUUUUUAUAAGCCAAUCACAGCUGGUUAAUCCCACACAAUCCCAAACCCACCAAUCAGGAAGAAAACUUUCUCUUUUGCCAAUCACCUUGUGUCCCAAUCUCACAACCCCCCUGCCCCCCUCUCCCCCUCAUAACUAACAUAGACUCUUUUAACAGAGCCAGACCCGCAACCCUCCUCCCACUGGAGUCCUGAUACCAGCAUCUGAUCAAUCAACUGAAGCACAGGACCUGUCACUCACACUGACUGUUACACAAACUGGAGUCUGGGAGGAAGAGACGACCAAGCCAGCCCUAAGCUUGCUGAGGAAUAUUCGAGUACUACUGCAAGAGUUUGAGUGUAAUGCCACGAGUGAGGAGAAAUAAAAAUCACACUCAGAAAGCAACCUUUUAGACCCGUUUGUAGAAAAAGGAGACAUUUUAAAACGAAAGGCGGAACAGUGGACCUGUCAAAGGCUAACAGAUGACACUUUAAGAUGGCGGACCUGUUUAUUAUCAAGAGACACUUUUAAAAAAAACAGCUUUUUUUGUUCUUUGGUUCUAUAAUAUUCUCACUCAGGUACACGGUGCCAAUAAGUGGCUUGUGAAUGUGAUUUGUUGUUUUUGUGCUACAAGUUUGAAUAAUAAUAGAAAAAAGAGACAUUUCUUUUUUUCCCCUUUUGUUGUAAAGCACCUGAAAGACAUCAGACAUGUUUAUUUUUAACAAGAACAUAUCUUUUCUUCGACCUCGCAGUGUGCUGUCAGCAGUUCGCCCCCUUUUUUCUGUGUUUUUGUGACUGCCGGCUCCCCCCCUUUAUUUGGAAUCCGAUGGGACGGUCCAGUCAGGACUGACCAGUACAGCGUGGACUGUCCCACUUCGAGGGAUUUUCAGGGGGGGAGAAGGGGAGUCUCUCUGGCAUCCUGGAGCAGAAACGAAAGCACUGUGUUGUGAGACAAUCCACCAGUUUUCUUCUUGCUCCGUCCCUCUUAUCACAAUCUCGUCCAGGACAAAACAUCAGUACGACUUUAGCUUGAAACAUCCGACGGUGUGAGUGUGUGUCGGUGUGCCGUGUGUACUCAUCCAUAGGCUGUUUGCACAUGUGCGUCACAUCUAUCUAAGAAAGGCAAAAAAAAUAACUAAGUUUAGGAUACAGAAAGACAGGCAACGUACACUGCUGCUGUUACUUACUGUACCACACACACACACACAUACACACUCUCACACACACACACACACACACACACACACACACACACACACACACACACACACACAACUGUUGUUCUGUCCCUCAGUGUUUUCCUGCUCCCUCCAAUCAACAUCGUCCUGCUGUGCCCAGUGGGCGGAGCCGAGGUGAAGUCAGCCAGUCAGUGUUUCUGUUUGUAUUUGAAUACUGUAUUUUAUUUUUUCUCUUCAAACUGCCUCUAAUCUAAUAAUAUUAUUAACAAUAAUUAUAAGGAUGGUCAGCGUUUCCUAAGUUUAGUAAGUUAUGUACAGUAUAAUUUAUUUUUCUCCUCUUUAUCGGGUUUUUAUGACCAUAUGAAACUAUGACAGUCAAUGAAACAUUAUUCUAUUUAGCUGGUAGGUAUUUAGAUCUAAACAAAAGUUGUCAUUUUACCUUGCUUUGUUUUGCAUUCUUAUGUUCCCUUCUUUUUUGGCGUUCGUUUUGUAUUAAUCCUCCGGACGGGUGGGUGGGCGGAGUUAGGACAGUGAGCUGGACUGACAGACUCGACGCCAGCCCUCCUCCGAGCUGAAGACAUAACCUUUUCAUGUCCAAACCCAUUUCUAAAAAGCACUCAGACUCUGUGCAGUCAGAGAAAAAGAAGAACAUGAUUUUUUUUAUUGUUAUUAUAAUUUUAUUUGUAAUGGUUACUAUAAUGUAUAAUGUGAAGUUUCCUCUCUUUUAUUUUGCUCUUUUUUGUUUUUGUUUUUGUUUAUUUUUGGAAAUCAGUUUUAUCACUUUUGGAAACUGUUUUCUGUGAACAAAGAGUCCCGUCCCCGUUUACUAGUUUGGCCACCUCACCGAGGCACAGUGGAACAUCUUUGGCUUGGAUCCACACACACACAGUAUACACAUGCACAAUCACAAUCACAAUCACUAACACACACACACAAACACACACACAUUUAAAAUGAAGAGAUUAUCAUGACAACCAAACAAAUCCUAUGCUGACAUUCUUCUGUUUCUUGAAAAUCUAGAAUUCUAGAUUUAAAAUCCUGUAUAUAUAUUUAGUUUGGUGGGUUUUUCUUCUUUUUAAAUCAUAGGAAAGCAGUGUUUACCUUGAUCCACCAAGGGUGUUCCACUGUGUGUGAGUGUGUGAGACGGACCAGGCGUAUCUACAGUAUCUUUAAAGUCACUUCUCAUCAGGAGCCCUUUGCUUUGUUUUAGCUCCACGCGACGCUACGAGAGCCAUGACUACUCUUCAGGUGUGCUGCCACAUAGUGAUCCCCACAAUCAUUCUCGCUGUAGAUGUUUGCUACAUGCCACACAAUGAGCCUCUGGGUCCUACUUUUGCUGUAUAGUCACCCCUGUUAUCACGCCAUGGUUCAACCCAAUGCUGGAGAGAGGGGGCUGAGAGGGGACUAAGUGGAUCAAUCCAUUUUUAGGGUAUCAGGUGGGUGGGUGGGGCAUUAAGACGUCAAUCAUCCCUGCUGGCAAGGUCUGUCCCCAUAUCAAGACAAUGAAAAUGAUGAUGAUGAUAUUAUUUAAGACAAUCAAAGUCAUGAGUGGAGCUCAAAACAAAGUAAUAAUUAUUAGUUAAAAAAAAAUAUCUUACCAUCUCAACUUGAAAAAUCAAGAAAGAUAAUUAUGUAAAUAUAACAUAGAGUUAUAGAUUUAUAUUUUGUUCAUAACACAGUGUAAUAUAAGUUGUAUAUUUCUUUUUUCUCUCCCUACUGUCUCUUUUAUUGAUGUUAUCCAUGCCACAGAAAAGCAAGAGUCGCAGUACUCGCACACAAAAAAAAUGAAGAAAAAUAUCAAAGAAAUAAAGAAAAACAGGAAAAAAAAAAAAGCCGUGGGCUGCCACCACCAUCUGUUCUAAGUUCACUUUUUUUUCAGUAUUACUGCCAGACAAGGCUCUAAUAAAGACAGCAAUGUGUUCGGUAAAA